AUGGCCGAUGAACAUACCAUGUCCAACGAGGAGUGGGACGAGGUCGCUCAGGACAUCCCCUCACUCUCCGACCCUUUCCUGCAGCAGUAUCUCACAGGCCGGACAAACCUCAUAAGCCAGGAGAAAAAGUCUCGCUCCGAUGCUUCUUUCAGGGCUUCUCUUUCACCUAUUGCUCAGCGCGCCAGUGAUAUUGUUGACCGCAUUCGUGAUCAAGAGAAUGACACUGUCUGGACCCCUCAAGUUGAGGAGGACCUCGCCCAGGCUGGGAAUGAGUGCAUCUUCCCGGGAAUGAUGUUCAUGCUGGCAAAGGACCGAAUGGAAAAGACAAAUCUCUGGAACAUUGUUCGUCGUAUGCCAAAGGGUGCUCUGCUGCACGCCCACAUGGAUGCCAUGGUCAACUUUGAUUUCCUCUUCGAUCAGCUUGUCAAAAUGCCAGGCAUGCACAUAAGCAGCGAUCGACCCCUUAACACAGACGAGUCCAGAGAGGAUGCGACUCCCAACUUUCGAUACAGAAAGCAGGCCGACGCCGAGGCAUCCAUUUGGGAUGAGAGCUACAAGGCCGGUACCUUUGUGCCAUUGACAAAGGCAGCUGAUGAGUUCCCUCAUGGUGGAAGAGCAGGUUUCUUCAAGUGGCUCAAGGGAAGAUGCACUCUCUCCGUCACUGACAGCCACGAGCAGCAUCACGGCGUCGAUGCCAUCUGGGUCAAGUUUGCAAAGUGUUUCAUGGUUUGCGCCACCAUCAUUCACUACGAGCCCAUGCUCCGAGUCUUCCUUCGCGAACUCAUGAAAAACCUCAAAGAUGACGGUGUGAACUGGGCCGAGCUUCGCAUGACGUGGUCACUUAACUAUUGCCGCGACCAGCAAGAAGAGCCUGAGAAGGACUACAAUCACCUGUUUGAGGUCAUAGGCGAGGAGAUCGACAACUUCAAGAAGUCUCCUGAAGGAGAGGGUUUCUGGGGUCUCACUACCAUCUGGACCUCUCUACGCAGCUGGCCAACUCGUGCGAUCGUCGAGAACAUGGACUUCUGCAUCGCCACCAAGAUGGCCUUCCCUGAUCUCAUUGCGGGAUACGAUCUCGUAGGCCCUGAAGAUAUGGGUCGCCCCCUAUCUGAUCUCCUCCCCGAGCUGUUUUGGUUCCGCAAGCAGUGCGCUGUGGAGAACGUCAACCUUCCCUUCUUUUUCCACGCCGGAGAGACCCUUGGUGACGGCACAGACACCGAUUCCAACAUAUUUGAUGCCAUCCUGCUAGGAACUCGACGUAUCGGUCACGGAUUCAGUCUCUUCAAGCACCCCCUCCUCAUCGAUAUGGUCAAGGAGAAGCGCAUCCUCAUCGAGUCGUGCCCCAUCUCCAACGAAGUCCUCCGUUUGUGUGGCUCCGUAACAGCCCAUCCCCUGCCAGCCCUCCUGGCCCGUGGUGUCGCUUGCAGUCUGUGUAACGAUGAUCCCGCUAUGCUCGGGCAAGACACAGCCGGCAUGUCGCACGACUUUUUCCAGGCCGUCCAAGGAUGGAAGAACCUUGGUCUCGCAGGCCUCGGCAGUCUUGCCGAAAACAGUGUCAGAUGGGCUGCUUUUGAGGACCAGAGCCAAGCCGAUUGGAUUGACGGCAUCAAGCAGGCCAGUCUGGGUAGCACCCUAAAGGCCAAGAGGAUGCAGCAGUGGCAGAUUGAGUGGGAGAAGUUCUGCCUCUGGAUUGUCGAGGAGUUUGGAGACGAGUUUGGUGAUGAGGCAAAGGAAAAGGCCAACGAUGCCUAA